AUGUCCAUGUUUAGCCAGAACCCGGUGCUGAACGGGGCCAACUACUCGUUUUCGGAUGUGCCCAAGGCCAACCACGGCGAGCCCCGGGAGCGUGGUUUCAACCCGGAUGGCGGCACAUGCAGGUACUCUGACAAUGGUGGUUCGACACUAGCCAUUGCGGGCGACGGCUUCACCAUCAUGGCGGGCGACACCCGCCACACGAGCGGCUACAGCAUCAACUCCCGCAUGUCACCCAAGGUGUUUAAGAUUGGAGGCACGACGGCGGACCAGUCGGACGCUACGCUGGUGCUGUCGGUGUGCGGCUUCGCGGCCGACGGCGCCGCCCUGCGCGACCAGCUCGACACGGUGUGCAAGAUCUACCGCUACCGCCACAACAAGCCCAUGUCGGUCAACGCCUGCGCCAAGCGCCUGUCGACCAUACUGUACAACAAGCGCUUCUUCCCUUACUAUACGUACGCGAUGAUUGGCGGCCUGGACGAGGAAGGCCAGGGCGCCGUCUACUCGUACGACCCCGUGGGGAGCUACGAGCGUGAGCAGUGCCGUGCCGCGGGUGCCGCCGCCAGCCUCAUCAUGCCCUUCCUCGACAACCAGGUCAACUUCAAGAACCAGUACAUCCCCGGCAGCGGGACGGGCCACGAGCUCAAGGAGAAGGAGCGCUACCCGCUGUCGCGCCCUCAGGUCGAGACACUCGUCAAGGAUGCCUUUGACGGUGCCGUCGAGCGUCACAUCGAGGUUGGUGAUAACCUCCAGAUGCUCAUCAUAACGAAGGAUGGUAUCGAGGAGACCUUCCUGCCCCUCAAGAAGGAUUAA